GCGACGGCGACGUUGGUUGAAGAUUUCCCACAUCUGUAUCACCGACGCCAAUGGAGGUCGGCGCGCGGGUGUGGAUCGAAGACCGUGACGCGAUAUGGCUCUCGGCCGUGAUAGAAGAGUGCCUUGAUGGAGAUUUCGUGCGUGCACGCUUGGACGACGGCUCGGUCAUCACGCGACCGUCCAACGGUGUCGUGAAUGGAAAGCUCGAGCAGAUAAUACACCUUCGAAACGAUCAAGAAGACUUUACGACCGUGCCGGACCUGAUCUCGCUCCAGUACUUGCACGAACCCGAACUCUUGUAUGCCGUGUGCGACCGAUAUGCUCACGACUUCAUCUACACAUAUAUUGGCGAGAUUCUGCUGUCGUUCAACCCGUUCCAGCGCCUCAACAUUUACUCCCACAAAUACGUACAAACGUAUGCCACGUCGUCCGAUCAAGACGCGAGUCUUCCGCCGCAUGUGUUUGCCAUCGCAGCGAACGCUUACAAGAGCUUGUGCGACGACAAGAAGAACCAGAGCAUCCUCGUGAGUGGAGAGUCUGGGGCGGGGAAGACGGAAAAUACCAAGUUUCUCAUGCAGUACCUCACGGACGUCGGGGCCAUGGAUGUGUCGUUGACUACAUCGCCCUGUAAGGCUAGCAUGACGAAGCGGGGGGGUAGUCGAGGCAAGGCUGCAGCCCCCACUGCACAAAUACAAACCCAGAUCUUGCAAACGAACCCGAUCUUGGAAGCGUUUGGGAACGCCCGGACUGUGCGCAAUGACAACUCGAGUCGCUUUGGCAAGUUUAUCGAGCUUCAAUUCGGCGACCACCACAAGAUUGUUGGCGCCAAGCUCAGCGUGUACUUACUGGAGAAAAUCCGCGUAAGCCACCAGUCCGACAACGAGCGCAACUUUCACAUCUUCUACGAACUGUGUGCUGGUGCCGACGACGAGUUGGCGGCUGCGCUGUCGCUGUCGGACGCCGAGGACUUUGCCUUGCUCAACGAAAGCGGAUGUUUCACGCGGCGAGACGGCGUGGACGAUGCCGCCCAAUUCCAAGAAACUUCGAAGGCGUUCACAGACAUGGGGAUCCUCCAAGACGAGCAGCGGAGCAUUUUCGGCAUCGUGGCAGCGCUGCUUCAUCUGGGCAAUGUCGGGCUGGACGGGACGACGUGCGAGGCGUCCAACAUGGAGCAUGCGACGAUCGACGCCGAAUCUCGCCAUCAUUUGGACACAGCAGCGACAUUGCUGGGUGUUUCGCCCAUGGAGCUCACACAAGCGCUUGUGACGCGCCACGUGACAACAACCAAGGACAAGAUCAUGGUCAAGCUGUCGCCUGAGCAGGCCAACGAGGCCAAGCAAUCGCUGACGCAGAGUUUGUUUGGCGGGUUGUUCAAGUGGAUCGUGUCGCGGCUGAGCAGUGUGAUCCGGCACGAUGCCGCCAGCGUCAACACGAUCGGGAUCCUCGACAUUUUUGGGUUUGAAAAUUUGGUCUCUAACGGGUUUGAGCAGCUCUGCAUCAACUACGCAAACGAACGGCUUCAAUCCCAGUUCAACGACCUCGUGUUCGCCAAGGAGCAGCGCAUGUACGAGGCCGAAGGCAUCGAGUGGAAGUACAUCGAGUACCCGGACAACGCGCCGUGCUUGCAGCUCCUGGAAGAUCGACCGAUGGGCAUGUGGUGCUUGCUCGACGAAGAAGGGAUGCUACCUAAGGGGACGAACGAAGGCUGGAUCACCAAGCUGUACAGCCAGUACUUGGACGACAGCACAACCGUGGACGACGCAAAGGUCCCGACGUCUCGGCGGCAGUCCUGUCCCGAACAAGGCAAAGGGAAGAUGCCGUCGCUGUCCCAACCAACGCCUCGAAAACCAUCCCGCCCGUUCUUCUCGACCAGUUCCCAACGCGUUGAGUUUCAGUUUGUUGUGGGCCAUUUCGCUGGUCGCGUCGUGUACGAGAACGACACGUACUUGGAAAAGAACCAGGACGCGCUCCCAGGGGAAGCGCUCGAGCUGUGCCGUUCGUCCUCGAACGAGAUUGUGCAGAGCUUGCUGCAGCUCACAGGGACUGCGACGGCGUCUGGAAAGCGAGGUGGUGCGUCCAAAAGUCGCAAACCCCCUGUCGUAUUGCGACAACCCAGCAGCAUUCGGUCGACCAGUGUGUCGGCCCAAUUCAAGUCUCAGUUGGACGAUCUCAUUCAAGUGAUUGGCAGCACACAAGCGCGGUACAUUCGAUGUGUCAAACCCAACGACGUGCACACGCCCCGAGAGCUCAACAAGGCGCGCGUUGUGCAGCAACUCCGGUCUGGCGGGGUCUUGGAAGCGGUCCGCAUUGCCCGAGCAGGAUAUGCUGUGCGUGUUGACCAUGGCAGUUUUGUGGACGCGUUUGGGUUUUUCAAACCCCGGACCAGCGCCAAGAAAGACCUCCAGGGCGUAUGCGAACAAAUCGUCGCGGCCAUCAUGCUGCAAUUCUAUGCCAACGACGCCCCUGGCAUUGUCGACAUUGCCACGACGGUCGCGAGGGGUCAAACCGCGAGAAUCGAUCGCCAGGCAUUCCAUGAAGCCUGCGGGUCGGUGGGGUUCCAGCUUGGCAACUCCAAGAUCUUUUUUCGAAAAGACGUAUACAACGACCUGCGUCGGUUCCGUCGCCAAAUCAUGGCGAGGCAUGCGACGUUGCUCCAGCGCAACGUUCGGGGCUUCUUGGGUCGGAAAGUUGCGGCGGCGCGGCGGCGAGCGGCGGCUGUCCUCCAAACAUGGAUGCGACAGUGUUUGGCGUACAGGGCCCGCGUCCGUGCGUCCGUGCUGAAAUUGCAAACGUGGGUGCGAUCGCGCGUGGCCAUGUCCAAGUACCACCGCUUCGUUCGAGCCAUGGAGACAUUGCAAAAGUUUGGGCGUCAUGUAUUGUGGACGACGCGCUUCCAAGCAAAGGUACAAAUGCGAGUGGUGAUGCGACCACCGCUGGAGAUUCCCAAACCGCGGCAAACCACCACCCCUCGAGCAAAAACCACACCAACCAAAAAGUCGGCGGCGGCGGCGCCUCUCGUCUCUGCCACCAAAGCCAAUGGUCGAUCCCGCCAUGGCCACGACGACGAUGAUGACGACGGUCAGGAGCAAAGAGGUACAGGCGACGCAGUGCUGGCGGCAUUGACCCUUCAAAACGAACUCCUCAAGCAAGAACUUGACAUAUUGCGAAAGCAAACGGCGGCCCAAGUGCAGAUCCAUCUGAACCGUGUCGAUCCAAUGCCGCCAGCAUCCCAUGCACCCACUCAAGAGUAUGCGGUAUUUGACCACCCUGCCGAACACAGCUAUGGCUAUGGACACCCGUCGAUGGCGCCGCCGCCGGCAUUCUAUCAUCCCGACCAGUUCAGUCCACCGCCGCCAGCACCGCCGGCCCCUGCCUUUACCGAGCUCGAGUUUGCCCAUCAGCAAAUCAUCUCGCUGUCCCAGCAACUGCUUGUGACGCAAAUCAAGUAUUCCAACCUCCUCAUGGACUACAACGAGCACUUGUGCGGGUAUGACGCCGACAAGCCAGCGUUGUCGGAUGACGCGUUCGCGAUGGUCGAAGCGCUGGAUAUUCCGUGCCCCGCCACACUCGACUGCGCGCAGGAGCAAUUGCGCGCGUUGCUGAGAAAGUUGCACAUGGCUCAAGAGAAACUCAAGCACCUCGAAGCCGACAUGUAUGGGCAAUUCACGAAUGACAGCGGGUUCGCCGUCGCUACAGGCGCUGCGUCCAUGCUGCUCCACCCCAACGCAACCAAGAUGACCCGCGGCGAAUCCAUUGACACUGUCGAGUUUACGCCUCGGAGGUCGUCGGAGUGGCGCCCCCACUUUGAUGACCACAUCGGCGGCAGCAGUCGCCAGCUCCAUUCCAUGGCGUUGCCUGCGAUCCACGACUACGACAAUGACGAAUGCAUGUCGGAGGUGGACAACUUGGAGUACGAGCAAAAGGUGGAGGAGCUGCAGCGCCAAGUGGAUUUGCUUCGCAUGUCCGUCAUGCAUAAACCCCGCGCGACCAACAGCCACGGCGCCACAAUGGCCAUGACUGCAAGCACUGUGUCGUCGUCACGAUCGUCGAUUGGAUCGAUGACGGAAGGACAGCUCGCAGACCUCCGUCGGUCCUUUGGCUACCGGCCCAACACCCCUCGUCGACUCACGUACCAUGUCAAGGACGUAACGACGUGGGCUCGCGACGACAAGUGCUUUGAAUGCAAGGUGGAGUUUGGGUUCUUUACGAGGCGGCACCACUGCCGCAUGUGUAGUCAGUCGUUCUGUCAUGAGCACUCGAACCGACGAGCGCGCCUCGUGGGCGUCGGCAGCGAGGACGAGGACGAGCCCGUGCGUGUGUGCGACGUCUGCUUUGUCGACAUAUGUAAUGAAUCGAGGCGCCAAGAACAGCUGCAGAUGCAUGUUCGCCAGUAUCCCCAACGGAACAGUGUCGGCGGCGCCGCGAGCUUUUCUUUGGAUUAGCGAGCUGUGCCACUUUUCGGGUUUUGGAAACAGUGUCAGUAUUUAUUGCGAAAAUGAAUUGAUAUUUUGAUGUCGA